CCGGCUUUGCUAUUCAAAACUGCCCAGGGAUAAUAUCGGCGGGAGUGGAGCACUGUGUAGCCUACCAAUGGUCAACGUGAAUUAGAUAUAAGUAUUUAACUCAAAAUGACAUUGUCGUAACUUUUCGCUGUACCGGUUGUUGUUCAGAACCGUAUGAUUUUAACUUUACUUUUUCCUUUUGUCGUCUUUCAAAAGCUGUUCACGUUAGCUUGCUAUCGCGACACUAGCUAACCGAUCAAUAGUCGGACACGACUGAAAAGCUAGUAGCAGUAAACUAACGUUAACUUGUGUCUAGUAGGUGUUUUUUUUUUCUUUCAAGAGGAGUGGCGCACCGCACCAAGGAAGAAGGAUGUCGCUUGCGUUGAAAACAAUGACUCGUCGAAUGGUUUCCUCUCUAUCAAUCGAUUGUCUGGAUAUCUAACAUUUACGUCAAGUUACUGCUCGCGAAGUGUCUUUCUAAAGUUGUGUUAGCUAACACGGCUAAUCAGCUUGUUGUCCUAGUUAGCGCACCUUGUUUUGUAAACAGUCGGUCUUCUUCAAUAUUGUUAGCUGGGAUUGUACCCUAGCUAGCAUGUAUAGGCUACUCCGAGAUACUUUCAUCAACUUUUCUUUUACUGUAACGUUACUCACUGAAGAAUCCGUUCGUACAGAGGCUGGUACAGGUGGAUUCUGAUACAAAAAAACUUGAAGCGGAAGACAGCUCACUGCUUGGUCUGGCAAAAUGUCUAGAAGACGGCUGGACAGUCGCAGCUCUGCUGCGGGACUGCUGGGUGACAUACAGACACACAUAUUGACGGAUCCUCUGGACAGCCUGUAUGAUAUCACAGGGGAGCUGGGCAGGGGCAAGUUUGCUGUGGUGAAGCGGUGUGUGGAGAAGUCCACGGGCAAAGUGUUCGCCGCCAAGUUCCUGAAGAAGCGUCGGCGCGGGCGCGACUGCCGGGCGGAGGUGGUGCACGAGAUGGCCGUGCUAGAAGCAGCGCGCAACAAUCCGCGCGUGGUCAACCUGCAGGCUGCCCACGAGACGGACCAUGACAUCGUCCUGCUGCUUGAAUAUGCUGCAGGUGGAGAGAUAUUUGACCACUGCGUGUCUGACGAGCUGCUUCCAGAGGGCCAGAUCACUCGCCUCAUCAGACAGACACUGGAAGGGGUUCACCACCUGCACCAGAGCGGCGUUGUACACUUAGAUCUCAAGCCCCAGAACAUUCUCCUGACUAGCCUGAGCCCACUAGGUGACAUCAAGAUUGUGGACUUUGGCCUGGCACGCAGGCUUGGCACAGCUGGCGAACUGAGGGAGAUCCUGGGCACUCCCGAGUAUGUUGCACCAGAGAUCCUGAACUAUGAGCCCAUCACAACAGCCACAGACCUCUGGAGUGUUGGAGUCAUCGCCUACAUGCUGGUAACGGGCGAGUCCCCUUUCGCCGGGGACGAUAAGCAGGAGACAUUCCUGAAUGUGUCGCAGGUGAACGUGGACUUCAGCCGCGAGUCCUUCUCUAGGGUGUCCGAACUGGCCGUGGACUUCAUCCGCAAACUGCUGGUCAAAGCCCCCGAAGACAGGCCCUGUGCUGCCGACUGUAUGACCCACCCCUGGCUGUGGCAGCAUUAUCCUGGCACAGAACUCCUGCCCCCCACACCCCGAACUCCCCGGGAGAGGAGUGGGGGCAAAUGGGCCGCGCCCCCCGAAAACCAAGAGGACAAGGAGAACGUCCGGGACUCGCCCCAUGCCAAACGGUUCCGCUUCGAGGAGGACAUGCUGACCUUAGGAGAGCCUGACCACUGAGGAGCCCGGCAUGAGGAGGCAUUGCCAAUGCCUUUCCCUCUCUCUCUUUCAUUCAUUUCUCACCUCAAGGUUUGGGCCGCACUUUCACCCAACAGCAGCGCUUUAAGUGAUCGCGCCGUUGGCAAAAACCGUCUAGAGUUGAGACGUAAAAUGGUUGUGCGUAGCGUCCAAUGAGUUGCAGCUGUGUGAUUCAAUGUUACAUGUCACUGAGAUCAUUGUUCGUCUCAAGAUUGAAUAAGCUUUGUUUGCGUUCAGUCACAAUGGAACUGUACAUUUUAAAUUCAAAUAUCAAAUUGAAUUUGUUAGGUAAAGAUCAGUGGCCAAAUGUGUCUUCGCGGGUAUCCUUGCAGUACUGUCUACGUAAUACCAUCUUUACCAAUAAUUUUGGAUGUUAAUUGUAUUUUUCAUUGUUUUUUUAAGACCAGUUGCGUCCAGGCAUAUACCAAGUUUUAAAGACAUUUCUUCCUUGUUGAUAGCCCCUUAAAUUAUACUGAAAAUGACCAAACUACCCUUAAGUGAACCAAACAAAUAUUGUAUGGAAGUAUUUCCUUUUGUGUUUAAGAUUAAUUAGGACCAGAACACACAGGUGUGUCCUCAAAAAGUAUGUCCUCAAUAAAGGCAAUAAUCUUUUUUUUUUCUUGGGCCUCACACCAGUCCUUUCAAAUAGCCUCCCUUUGUUUCUGCACUGCGACUAGAUGUAAAGUCAGUCGCAGGUGAAAGUCAGCUUGGUGGUCUUGCUUUUUUUUUUUUUUAAAUCAGUCAGUCUCUAUUGCCGAGGAGGCUUUGAAACAUUCAGCUUGGGAGGAGAUUGGCUGAACAUGUUCUCCUGGCAGAAGUGAAAGCCUGCAAUUCGAGGCACGUUUCAUGUCACAAAAAAUGUUCAGCCCAUCCCAGGGCAAUUACAACAUUGGAUGGCCCCUCACAAAAGAAUGACUCAACGCCACUCCCAGAAUUACUCAAUUAUGUUCUUGCGAUCAGCAUGCCACUUCCUUUAAGUCAGUGACUUAGAAUCUCGCAAAGCACUUAACUCUUCAGUGUCCCUUAUUCUCAAAAGGGAAGCUCCAUUGGUGUCCUGAACCAAAAGUAUCUUGCAGUGUGCAAACUGCAGUUUCUUAAGAGUCAGUAGUAGUACACUGCAAGGUGUAUUGAAAUUGCCCAUUAAGCUUAAACCUCAGGAAGGGAAGCAUUGUACAGUGAAACUUUUACCACUCAGCCUAUUAAUAUUCCCCAAGGCUCCCAGUUAAGUAACACCAUAUGAUGGGAUGACUGCCUUAUGCUGUAUAAAACAGUAUUUACUCCCAAUACUGUAUUUUGGGCAUCAGUGAACUUUCUUAAACAUUUAAUAGCAUAGAAUAUCUAAAUGUUUUAAAAUGUAAUAUUAUUUUAUCUUUGUACAUUCCAAGCCUUCUCAUCUCAGGGUAAGCCAAUGACUGGAUGGAUAUCUAUUGCCUGCCAGUCCGCUGUGUGCCUCUUUAUGCUUGCUCUGAGUCUUAGGGAUUUCUCACAAUAAGUUAUGCAAUUUAUAUUUAUAUCUAUAUGGGAAUUAUAGUACAAUUCUGUCAUGAUAGAAGUGUGUAUAUCAUGCAAUAAUUGACUUCAAUUAGAAUGGUGUAUAACUGGUCACUCUUUGCACUAGAUGGACUGUGUUAAGAUUGAUAAGAUGAUUGUUUUGAGUGGAAGUCAAGUAGAGAGUAGUCUGUCAAGGUACGUUUGGAUACAUUUGUAAGUAAAGUUAUUUGCCAAGGCAAUGUGGUUCAAGAAAGUUUUUGAAACGGAGGAUCUAGGUAGUAUGGACAGCGAGGACGGGUUGAGAUUUGUAGGGACUGCUGCAAGAGUGUAUUGAGUGUACAAAAUGAGAAAUGGUUAAGUUAUUCUGUAAGAAAAUUAAUAGAAAAGAAUGCUGCUGCAGAAUGGCACGUUUUAAGGAAGUUAUGAAGUUGAUGGCAGGUUGAGCAAGGAUAAGAUGUUAUUGGUCUAAAGUACUUAUCAGGUAACAUUCCAAAUGGGAAUGGCAUUCUCCAUUAUAAAGGGAGUUAACCAGUUUCAGUUUCACAUUGGAAGUGAGGACAAACUGGUCAAAACAGGGGACCAAUAAAGUGUUAGGUAAGAGAGUUUUCAUUUCAACAACACCGCAUGUGUUACUGCACACUGAUGCACUGCAUUUCAGAACUGGAAAUGAGACUGUAAGCGAAAGCCCAUAUGCCAAAUGUUUCUCUAUCUUCAGGGGAGGUGUGAAGAGCUUACUGUUUGCUCUGUGUAGUCACUCCCUGGGUCUCCUAGCGAUGGCACCGACUGCUACACACAAGUGGAGCCUUUGUCCUAGAGACGGGUGUCUCCUGUUACGGCCGUGCUCUCACUGUAUGCUGUCAUUUUAAGGGAACCAGAGUCUGUGUCUGUGCGAUGGCGUCAGCGAAAGGCUCACAGGCGGUGGAGUGUGAGGAUGAAAUUUUAAACCCAGGGAGAACGUCUGUAUGGAUUCCUUGAGCCCACUGAGAUGCACUGCUGUGGUGAUACUGCAGUAGUUUUGUGGUAGCGUGGUGCCUCGCUGGAGAUCUGGUAAUUUUCCGUGUAAGCUUAGGGUUGGUUUUCUGUUGUAGUGAUUUGUGGCCAGUGUAACUUUCCCUUGGAUGUUAGUUGGUAAACUGCACAGUGCAGUGUUCUUUUGUUUGUUUGUUUGUUUGUUUGUUUUCUUUCCUGAAUGUUAUAGCUUUUGUAAUUCUUGUACACAUUAUACAAAGAGAUUUACAUAUUUAAUUGAUUUGUAAAAUAUUGAUUACGCAGACCUACUCAAAUUAAUGAGUUUAAUGUAGAUUAUAAUCAAAAUGUAUGGAUGUGGAUUUACAGAUAAAGUGCCAUGGUUUAACAUGUACUCCAAUGUAAAACAAAACUGAUAUGUCUUUGCAAAUAAACCUGGUCAGUAUCCUUUCUAA